GUUCAGCAGCGUCAGUUUGCUCCACCUCCCGUAAACCUCUGCACAACUGGCGAAGCGACAACUUAACACUUUUAGUAGAAGCUAUAAUCUCCACCUCAACAUUUAAUGUGACGUUUUCUGUUUUUGCUGCUGAAAGUAGAAUUAAGAGGGACGGUGUAAGUAUGCUUCGGACACUUCUCGGGUUCCGGUUUCGAAAUAAAACCGCUCCGACUCUAUCUGCCGCCGUGAGGUGCCUGUCUUCGGGUUCGGUGGACAUCACCGUCCCGCUGAACUUCUGGGCUGGACGGAGAAGGACAAGCCAAGAAAGCCGCGAGAAGGAAAACGUUUACGAACCAGCCACGGGCCGUGUUUUGUGCCAUUUGGAGCCAUGCAGCGGAGAGGAAGUAGAUCAGGCCGUGAAGGCUGCUAAGUCGGCCUUUGGUCCCUGGAGCAAAAUGUCCGGGAUGGAGCGGGCGAGGAUCAUGAUAGAAGCUGCCCAUUUAAUAGAGAGCAGGAGAGAGGAGAUCGCUGAAAUGGAGGUGGUCAACAAUGGGAAGUCCAUCACAGAGGCCCGUCUGGACGUGGACUCCGCUAGACUGUGUAUAGAAUACUACGCCGGACUGGCCAGCACUCUGGCAGGACAGCAUGUUCAGUUGCCGGGGGGAUCCUUCGCCUACACCCGCAGGGAGCCUCUGGGAGUGUGUGUGGGCAUCGGCGCCUGGAAUUAUCCCUUCCAGAUCGCUGCCUGGAAGUCUGCUCCAGCCCUGGCCUGUGGGAACUCCAUGGUGUUCAAGCCGUCCCCAGUCACACCAGUAACAGCAGUGCUACUGGCAGAGAUCUACGCUAAGGCUGGAGUUCCAGAGGGGCUGUUCAACGUGGUACAGGGUGGACAGGAAACUGGCAGCUUGCUGUGUUACCACCCCGAUGUCGAUAAGGUGUCCUUCACAGGAAGUGUGCCCACGGGACAGAAGAUCAUGGAAAUGGCAUCAAAGGGGGUCAAACCGGUGACUUUGGAGCUCGGAGGCAAAUCUCCCCUUAUCAUAUUUAAGGACAGCGAUCUGGAGAACGCUGUGAGAGGAGCGCUCAUGGCCAACUUCCUGUCUCAAGGACAGGUGUGCAGUAACGGCACGAGGGUGUACGUGCAGAAGGACGUCCUGGCCGAGUUCGUCGAGGAGGUGGUGAAAAGAACCCAGGCGAUAGCAAUAGGAGACCCGCUGCUGGAAAGCACCAGGAUGGGAGCGCUGGUUAGCCGGCCUCAUCUGGACAAAGUGCUAUCCUUUGUCGAACAGGCAAAAAAAGAGGGAGCCAUGGUGUUGUGUGGAGGAGAACGUUUUGUCCCAUCUGACCCCAAACUUAAAAGUGGAUACUACAUGACUCCAUGUGUCCUAAGCGACUGCACAGACGACAUGACGUGUGUGAGAGAUGAAAUCUUCGGUCCUGUCAUGUCUGUGCUGUCCUUUGAAACAGAACAGGAGGUUCUGCAGAGAGCCAACAACACAACAAUGGGUCUGGCUGCAGGCGUCUUUACAAGGGAUGUGACCCGAGCCCAUCGUGUGGUGGAACAGCUCAAGGCCGGUUCCUGUUUCAUCAACAACUACAACAUCACUCCUGUGGAGGUUCCAUUCGGAGGCUUCAAAAUGUCAGCAUUUCAUACCCUUACAUCCACCAGGUAUCGGGCGGGAGAACGGCCAGGUGACCGUGGAGUUCUACUCCCAGCUGAAGACCGUGUUUGUGGAGAUGGGAGACGUGGACAGCCUGUUUUAGAGUGCCGACCGGAGGAAGCAACCUGAGCCAGAGACUGGAGGAGGUGGAGAGGAUCGGACAGAACCGGCCAUCUGCCAUCACUCAGAGGGAGGAAAAAAUCAAAUAUGAAUACAGACAAACGAGCCUUGAACGAUGAGAAUCAUGUCGUUUUAUAUCCAUCUUCAAGAUUUACACGUUUGCAACUCUAGCUGAAUAAAUACUACCACAUUUUACAGACUCUUACAAUACAACAGAAGUGCUUUACAAUCAGUCCAAUUUUUUAGUUUACUUUUUGCCAACUCUAAUCUAAAGAAAUUGAACACAUUUCAAACGUCUAUGUAAUAAACCACCUUUAAAAAAAAAUCAUACCAAUGAAAUUGGCCUUACUGUUUGUUUCCUUCAUACACAGCUGACUGUAAACUGAGAAAUGUUUGUAAAUAUCACACUAAUAAACUGGUAACGCUG